CCGAGUAGAAACUAAGGAGAACUGCCAAAGCAACUCACCGUAUCAUGACAGAAGAUGAAUCAUCCCCGUCGGCAUCCUCCGCGAUCGGCGCCACGGAAGAACAACACCAGCAACUAUCUGCCAUCGAGACUCCCUCUGUAGAUAAGAGACAAUACAAACACAUUUCAUUGAGCGGAAGCAACGGUGUGCAAAACUCCAACAGGCUCCAGGUCUUGCUUAUCAGCGACCCCGAAACCGACAAAUCUAGUGCCGCGAUGGACRUUGGCAUUGGCCAGUUCUGCGACGGAACACACCUUCCGGGAAUCGCCCACUUUCUGGAACAUAUGCUGUUCAUUGGAACCACGAAGUAUCCGGAUGAAAAUGCAUAUGACUCGUUCUUAAACUCCCACGGGGGAUCCUCCAAUGCCUUCACCGACCUAGAGCACACCUGCUACUACUUUGACGUCCAGGAAGAAUCCCUCGAAGGUGCCCUGGAUCGAUUCGCCCAGUGCUUUAUCGGGCCCCUGUUUUCCAAGGGAGCCCUGGAACGUGAAGUUCAGGCGGUCGACAGCGAGCACGCAAAGAAUCUAAUGCAGGACCAAUGGAGGAUGUUCCAGCUUUCCAAGUCCAAACUGGUUGGGGACAACAGCAACCAUCCCUUUGGAUCCUUUGGAAGCGGUAAUGCCGAGUCCCUCCCUACCGUGACACUCGGAAGCAGCAACGACGACGAAAAGGACGAGGGCGAGACCAAAGACAAUACCGAUAGCGGGACGCACAUUCGGGAGCAAUUGCUCGAAUUUUUUCACACGUAUUAUCGAAAAAGCUUGGAUCUCUACAAAUUGGUCGUGCUCGGAAAGGAAUCUUUGGAAGACCUCGAGGCUAUGGUCAAACGCUAUUUCGUGGAACUCGUCGACCUUUUUGGCAAUGACGACGGCGAUGAAAUUAAAAAUAUCAAUAUGGGUUCUACAAGGGAUAUGUUGGGAGAUCUCUACCCCCCUCCUGACUCAUGGCAGGUUCCGCAGCGCCUUCACGUUGUUCCAAUCUCAAAGGUCCACGCCCUGGAACUCCAAUUUCCGAUGCGAGAGAUCAAAACACUCUACAAGAGCAAGCCCACGCGGUAUCUUUCUCACUUGCUGGGACAUGAGGGAAGGGGCUCCCUUCUGUCCCUUUUGAAGGCGAAAAAGUAUGCCACCGAUUUGUACGCCGACGAUGCGUCUAAAUCCUGCGCUUCCUUUUCCAUCUUCACCAUCAAGAUGGAAUUGACAGAGUUGGGACUUGAAAAUGUGGACGAAAUUGUUUCAAUGGUUUUUGCGUACAUAGGACUCCUGAAAGAACAGGGGCCACAGGAAUGGAUUCACACUGAAGCCCAAACCGUCAGCGACAUGCAGUUUCGCUUUUUGAGCCAGCGCAAUCCGAUGGAUUAUACCUGCAGCGUUGCGGGAUUUCUUCAGCAGUACCCACCUGGUUUGUGUCUGAGUGGUCCCUACAAAACUUUUGAAUGGGACGCCGAUUUAGUCACCGAAUGCUUGGCGAGUCUGAUCCCCGACAAUCUCUUUUUGAUGGUUUCGUCACCAACUUUUGAAGGAAGUACACAGGAAACAGAAAGGUGGUACGGAACUCAAUACAAUACGGUGGAGCCCAACGAGGCACUGUGGAGUCACUGGAAAAAUAUUGAAAGCAGUGCAUAUCCUGCCCUCAGGCUGCCCUUCGUCAACGACAUGAUUGCUACUGAUUUCAGUCUGAUUGAAUCGCCGUCUUCGGUGCCUAAGAACAAACCCCAGUGCAUUCAUCAAGACUACAACCUUCGCUUGUGGUACAAACCCGACAACGUUUUUGAUAUGCCCAAGGUCAAUAUUAUGUACCAUUUUUCCAGCGGGCAGGGUACCUUUUCUCCCCACGCAAUCAUCGCUGCACAGUUGUUCRCCGAACUAGUAACGGAGCAGUGCAAUGAAUUCAGCUACGAGGCGACGAUGGCCGGCCUUUAUUGUCAAAUAGCCCCGUCUGCCUCAGGUCUCGACCUGCAGGUCUCUGGAUACAACCACAAAGCCCACGUUCUAGUCGAACGGCUUUUAGAUACGAUGAUGGAUCUACUCUCUGACGAACAACCCGACAGCACACUUUCCGAACUGUUUGAUCGGGUAACCUUCAAGACAGAGCAGGCUUUUCAUUCCUUCUUUGUCGGUCAGCCCUACCAGCACUGUAUUUACGGAGGCGAUUUGGUCUUGGAGCAGCGGACUCCUAUAGAAGACAAGAUGAACGUCCUGAAACAAACCAACUUGUCAGAUGUACUGACCUUUGCUCGGAGCUUUCUCAAGCACUGUCAUCUCGAGGGUUUGGUCCACGGCAAUGUUUCUGCGCAGCAUGCCUACGACAUUACCACCACAGUGUGGAGUAAGAUUCAUCCUUUCCAGAAAAAUUCGCUCGAUGCGAUUAUUACCAGAGCUCCGUUGGAAAAGCGUGUUGUUCGAUUGAGUGACAACCAUGGCAACAAGAAUAACUCGUCUUUCCUCUACAGCUUCCCCGAAUUUAACGAAGCCAAUACCAAUUCGUGUGUGGAAGUAAUCUUACAAAUGGGGGCCUUGGAUCUGAAAACCAACUCGACACUUGCUCUCUUUGCUCAAUUGAUACGAGAACCUGCUUUUAACCAGCUGCGUACCGAAGAGCAGCUGGGCUACAUUGUUCACACAUCCCUCAAGACGAGCGGGGACCAUGUCAAGAGUCUGCUGCUUUUGAUUCAAUCCGAUUCCUUCGAUCCUUGUCACGUUGAGCAACGCAUCGAAGUCUUUCUGGAAAAUUUCCGUCAGCGGUUGGUAGGCAUGUCCGAAACCGACUUUCAAACUUUUGUGGAUACUGUAGUUGCUAGCUUUUUGGAAAAGGUUCGUGUCCCUCGCUGUGCAACACUUCGUCGAAUGGCAUCGAUAUGGUUGUUUCCUGUAUUGACCAUGACCGGAGGUUUCGUGGUCCCAUUCACUGUCGUGCUCGAUUGGAUUCGAUCACGUUUGAUUUGAUGCUUGGUCUUUUUUUGCGCUCUUUUGGUUUGCUUAUUUGUUUGUGUUCCACCUUUCUAAUUGCUUUUUCUUCGCUCUGUCUAAUAUAUUAUUUAUCUCCACCUCAGAACAAAAACCUCGGUGAGGAAUCGUCUCGAUACUGGCACGUGAUUCUAAAUAAGACGUUUGACUUUGCAAGAUAUGAAAAGAUUGCCGAUCACGUGAAGAAACACACGAAAUCACAAGUUUUGAGCUUUUACGACAAGUACGUUGCGUUGAAUGCACCCUACCGACGAAAGCUUUGCGUCCACGUUGUAGCAAACCAGCACGAAUCGGUUCUGACUGCAAAGCUGGGAAAGGAUAUCGUGGAGGAUGGCGUUCCUCUUGACAGUGAGGAAAAUACGACGGAUACGAUUUAUAUUGAGGAYCCAAUCCAAUUCCGAAGAUCAAUGCCCCUGUUCCCUAUGCCUGCUAAAGUGAAUGUAGAUGUAGUCAACCUUGGAAUCAAUAAGGGCGGAAAUGGGGGAAUCACAAGAACUACCGGUGCUUAAUGCCGUAUGGUAAAAAUCAUUUAUGAUGAAUAUGGGGUUAUAUACCUUUAGG